AAAAGUAAAUUUUUGGAUUUUAAGAAUAAACAAUAAAAUUUUAUAAAAAUGUGUGUUUGUUGUUGUCCAAUUGAAAAACUGAUGAAAUGAAAAAAAUUUUAAAAUAAAUAAACACAAAGGGUGUCUGAACAAUAUUAUAUUCUUUAAAAUAAUUAAAACAAUUGUUCAAAAAAGAAAAAAAAAGAAAAAUGUAAUAAUGUAGCUAUGUGCCAUUCUAUUUAAAAGAAUAAACUUUGAAUAUAAAUUUAAAACUUUUCUAAAUAAUAAUAAAACUUAUUUUGGAUAAUUUUAUAAAAAUACAUUAAAGAAAAAUCUAUAGAAGUGUACUCAUAUACAAGUAUAAUAAUGUAAAUCAAUAAAAAAUUCUAUAACAAAGUGAGUAUACAUAUAUAAAUAUAUACAUAUACAUAAACGCGUAUAAAAUGAAUAUGUCAUAUUUACUUAUAAAUUUAAUAAAAGUGAAAUAAAAGAAGAAAAAUUAAGAAAAAAAAUUGUUUUUAAUUAAAAAAAAGAAAAACGAAAAAAUUCAAUAAAUUAAAAAUGUCUGGAAUAUUUCGUUACAAUUCAUCAUCUUCAACACCGGAUAAACGAUGGACCAUAAGCCCAUUUUGUGUCAGCCCCGGUCAAUUGCAAGACAUGACAACAGAGAACCAUUUUUCAUUUGGAUCUCGUUCACCAUUUUUUACUAAUCAAAACAAUGGAUCAACAUCACCAAGUCAAGGUAGAUCUGUACGUGAAUUUGAAGAACAGAUGGCUACUUUAAGAAAAGAAAAUUUCAAUUUAAAAUUAAGAAUAUAUUUUCUUGAAGAAAAAAUUCCGGGAUUAAGUCAAAUGAAUACACCCGAAGGACAAGAAUCAUUAAUGAAACAAUAUAUCGAUAAUAAGGUGGAUACGGAAAUGUUAAGAAAAGAUCUUGAAGAAAAACAACAAUUAUUAAAGGAAGCUGCUGAUGCUUUAACACAUAUGGAAAAUAUACAAAAGGAAACUGAAAUGAAAAAUCAACAAAUUAUUGAUGAACUUAACCAAAGAAUACAAAUAUUAGAAUUGGAAGAUCAAUCAGCUAAUCAUUUUCUAAACAAUGAUGAAACCAUUAUGAAUGAUUUAAUGGGUCGAACUAAUUUAGAUGGAGAUAAUAUUGAUAUGAUUCAAAAAGUUCGUGAACUUGAAGGAUCCAUAAAAGUUGCUGAUGAUAAAAUUAAAGAGCUAACGAUUCAUUUAAAAGAACUAGAAGAAACAGUAGCUGAAAGAGAUAAAACAAUUGAGCGUUUAGAAACUAGUCGUAAGGAAUUGAAUUUUCAAAAUUUGGAAUUAAAAGAGGUUUUAGAUUCAAAACAACAAAUAAAUGUUCUCAAAAUUCGUGGUGAUUUAGAUAGAUGCAGAUCUCAGCUUGCUGAUAAGAUGUGUGAAGUUGAUGAAUUGCAAGAAAAACUUAAUGAGAAAAAUUUAGCUUAUGAGAAAGCUGUUGUGAAUAUUGAAAAACUUGUUCACACUAUAAAAUCCUUAAAAAGUGAAAUUGAGCAAUUAAGAAAGCCGUCAUCAUUCAAAAUAUCAGUAAAUAAAGAGCUCUUAUCUUCUAUGAACAAAUCUUUAAGUGACUCGGAAUGCUUUUAUUUUAAAGACAGUUUGGAUGAAUCAUGGGCUAAAAAAUUGAUUUUAAAUGAUCCCACCAAAAAUAGUACUGAAAAAAUUGAAAAUAUUGAUUCGAUUGUAUUGGACGAUGAGUUUAAAUUGCCUAGUAGUUUAUCGGAAUCAGAAAUAAGUAAAGGAAAUUUAUCAAAUCAAGAGUUAACGGCCAUUGAAGAUGAUCUAAAAAUAUUCAAAUCCAAUUCCUUUAUUUCAAAACUACAAGCUGAAAUCAAAGAAGCCAAAGAGGAUGCUGACAAAGCUAAUAAAUGGCGAAGAGAAUGUUCUGAUGUUUGUGUAAUUUUAACAGCUCGGCUAGAAGAAUUAGCAGGUUUUCUUGAUUCUUUACUGAAACAUAAAGAAAUAUUAAAUGCUGUUGCAUCAGAGCGGCGUCGUGCCAUGAGAAAAGCUGUUGAUAAAUCUUUAGAUUUAUCAAGAAGUUUAACAGCAGUUACACUUCCUGGACUUUCUUUAAACAAUAGUAGUCUUGCCAAUAUAAGUAAUAUAACCAAUAUAUUGGAUAAUACUGGAAAUUUGCAAAAUAACAAUGCAUUACUAAAUUCAACACAAAUCAAUGAUGAAAUUAUCAGCAGAUUAAAAUCAGAAGCAAAUGGAUUGAAACAUGAAUUAGAGAAAAAUACGCAAACAACAUCAAAAGAAAUAAAUAAAAAGGAACGUCGAAGUAUAUUAUCUUCAUAUCACUUAGAUCAAUCAGAAUCAGAGACAUGGUCUGAACCAGAUCGUAACGUUUCGUUAGCUCGUAUUGGCUUGGAGGAGUCACUAAAUACUUUAUCUAAAGCAAAGAAACUAAUUAAUAGAGAUGAGCCAGCUUCAGAAACUUCUAUUAAUAAAACAAGAAGUAGUAGCAGUACAGAAAAUAAUGAUUUGGGGAGAAAAUCUAAGUCAAAUAUUAAGGACAGAAUUUCUCAAUAUGAACAGCUUAUAUUAAUGAAAGACAAUAAGAUACUUGAAAUACAAUGUGAAUUACUUGAGGCUGAUAACCGUUUGAAAAAAGAAUCUUUAAAACUAGCCGAAACUAACCAAAAAUUGAACGAGUACCGCAUUAAUAAUGAAAUAAUGGAAGUGGAGCUUACUUCUUUAAAAAAUCAAGCUCUAAGUUUAAAUAUUCUAAAAACAAAUGAAGAAAAUCUUCGAUUGGAAUUACAAAACAAAACCGCACAGUUGAAUAAAAUUCAGGAUGAACGUAAUCAAUUGACUAUUGAAGUCCGAGUGGCUGAAACACAUAUAGAAAAUCUUAAAGCUGAAAUAAACAAUCUUAAACAACAACAUGAAAAACACAUACAAUCUUUACAAAAUAGUGAAAAAGAACGUCUUACUCAAAUGCAUAAACAACUUCAAGACCUUUUAAAGGAAAACCUUAAGGAAUUAGAACUAAAACAUCAGGAAGCCAUCGAACGUGAUUGGAUUUCAAGACAAGUAUACAAUGACGCAAAAAAAGAAAUUGAUAAACUUGAAAAAAAAUUGACCGAAUCUGAGAAUACAAUUGAAUAUUUAAAUGAAAAUGAAAUAGAGUUAAAAAAUCAUUUAAUUGAAAAUGAAAAAUCAGUCAGAGCAAUGCGGAAAACCUUAGAUGAAACAACACUUUCAGUUUCAAAAGCAAUAUUAGAGCGAACAAAAGCUAUAAAUGAAAAAUUGAAAUUUGAAGCCAAAGUUCAGGAAUUAACAAAUGAACUCGAAUCAGUUUUAAAAGAAAAAAAUAUUUUAGAAGAUAAACUUAGAGUUGUUAACAAUCAUUGCGGUUACACUUCGGAAGAAAUUAAUGUAAUUGCACGAAGUGGUGAACCUCAAGGGAAUCAAAGAUUAGAAAAUUCUUCUCCGGAUUUAGGAAUAGACAGUGAUACUGGCAGACAAUCUAAUGCCGAGGAAAAAGAAACAUCGCCAGAAAAUGAAGAAACUGAAUUGAUAGUUGAAGAUAACGUAAAUAAUAAUAAUAGAAAUCAACAAUCAAUAUCUUUAUCACAAAUAUUAACAAUACCAAGUGACCAUGAUUGUUCGCAGGUAUAUAAAGAAAAUUUUGAUUUGAAAGCCAAAUUAAAGCGCACGAUUCGUCAAUAUGAAGAAACACUAAAACGUUUACGCACAGCAAAUCAAUUAAAAGAGCAAGUUGAACGAGAUAUUCGUCAACAAUUGCACAAAACUAACGUUGUACUAAAAAAUGUUCGUACCAAUAUUGAAACAAAUUUAGAAAAUAUUCAUAAAAAAAAUCAAUAGCUAAAAAAGAAAAUUAGGAAAUAAACAAUGGUUUAAUUUUUAUAUUAUAUAUCUAUGUAUUAAAAAAAAUAUGUACAUAUAUACCUAGGUGUAUUAAAAUGAGAUCUUAUGAAAUGACACAUAUUUUAAAAAAAAAUUAAGUAUAUUUUAAUAUAAUAUCAAGUUAUCGCACGAAAUUAAACGAACCUAUAAAAUUGAUGUAACGAAAACGAAUUAUAUAAAUUAACGUGAAUUCAAUAUUAUAUUUAAAUAAUACUCUGAAAUGCUCAGAAUCAAGCUACAUAUUGUAUGUAUUAAUAGAGAAGUAAAGAGCAUGUCUUCCUUUUGCUUUAAUGAAAAUGAAAUUUAAAAAGUAAAAUGGCUAUAUGUAUGUUAAUAAUAUGAUAUAAUGACUGUUUUUAAAAUCGAAAAUGCCAAAAUAAAAUUAGGGAUAUGAUGCCAAAGAUAUUUAAAAUUGAUAUUUAUUAUUCUAAAAAAAGCAAAUGAAAGUAAAAAAGGUUAUGUAGAUAUAUAUAUAUGUACCAAAAAAUUGUUAUAUUUUUAUGUAAAAGAAAAAAUCAACCAAAAACUUGAACAAAAAUUAUUAAUGAACCAAUAUUAUCAACAAAUACUAAAUAUUAUGAUAUAUAUU